AUGCAGGGCGGCCCCAGCACCGCCAUCAUCCUCGACGACCCUCAUCAGUGGCGCCGCGUCAAUCUGCGCCUCCUCAUCUCGGCUACCAUCGCCUUCAAUCGCCUCGUCGCCCCUCCGGCACUGCUACGCCACCUCUGCGCUGUCCUCCUUGCCGCCGCAGGCAGCCAGCUCGCCGUUGCGCCCCACCGCGUACACCUGCGCCAGUACCACGACUACAUACGCACCCUCUCCCCCACCGGCGGAUCCGGGCGCAUCUCGCUCAAACCCAGCCGCACGGGCGUCUAUGGCCUCGCCACCUCGCGCGGCACCCGCGCCUACCAGGAAGACACGACCUCGGUCAGCUGCGUCUCCCUCCCGCCCGCCGUGCUCAGAGCCUCGUACCUCGCUUCCUCGUCCGCCACGCUCCGCGACGUCGCCUCCAAAUGGUCUCCCUCCACGCCCGCAGAGCAAGAGGUGGCGGGCCAGCUCGCCUGGUUCGCCUGCUUCGACGGCCACGGCGGACAGCCCGUCUCCCAGUUCCUCUGCAAGGAGCUCCACGCCAUCUUCGAGGACGUCCAGGAGGAUAUGGUCACCGACACCGUACAGUACACGCGCUCCCUCGGCGGCUACUUUCGCCGCUUCAACGGCGGGCUGCUCGAGAGGUGGGUGAGGAAGGAGGAGCUCAAACCGGUCAGGGCGGGCGCAGGCCACCCGAGGGCAACAAUGGCUCGGGCCGCAGCGGCGACAAGACCGACCGGGGAUGCCAAGGGACCCGCCGUCGAUGCUGCGGAACGGACAAAGGCCGAGGAGGCAGAGCGGCAGAGGGCAAAGGAGCGCGAGCGCGAGCGCGAGGCCGAACGGAGCAAGCCAAAGACGUUUGCCGACCUGGUCAACAGCGCCAAGGCGGGGCCAGCGCCGUCGGCCACGCAAGGGACCGUCGGCAGCGGCAGCGGCACAGUCUCGGCCGUAGAGGCCUCGGCAGCCGGACAGACAGCCGGGUCACGGUCAAAGGAGGAAGCGGACAAUGCCCCACCGCAACUAUCGCAGCAGCCGGCGCUGAUCCACUCGGCGGAGUCGAGGGGCGAGGUGCCACUGGCCGGGCCCAUCGAGGGCGCACAGGGUGCACGGAGCUCACAAGAUUCGUCGGCCUCGCCGUCAUCGCUCGACAGCCAGCCGAACUCGCACCCCGCGUCGUCGCCGCCCAGCGCCGCAUCCGAGGCGCGCGCCGGGCUGACGAGCCUGACGCAGCGGAUCCCGCCGCCAGAGACGCUGGCGGAGUCGACACUGACGCUGUCGGAGCGGCUGACGCUGGCGUGGCUACACACUGACCGGCUGAUCCACUCGGACCCGCAGCUCGACGUGGGCGGCUCGACGGCGUCGGUGGUGCUGCUCCACUCGCUCGACACGCCGACGCAGCCCUUCUACUCGUCGUCGUCGCUCUUUCUCACGACGGCGCACAUUGGGGAUACGCGGAUGCUGCUGGCCUCGGUGUCGGACGGUACGGCGAUACCGCUGACAAACUACCACCACCCAGACGACCGGUCCGAGUCGGAGCGGCUGCGCAAGAUGGGCGCCGGCAUGAUUACCGACUCGUUUGGCGAGGCGCGCUGGAUGGGCGCGUUGGCCAACACGCGCAGCUUUGGCGACAGCAAGUUUAAAAAGGUCGGCGUGACGAGCGAGCCCGAGAUUAUCUCGCAGCUCGUCCGCGGCGACGACUAUGCCUUUGUCGUGGCGUUUAGCGACGGAAUCGGCGGCGUCAUGUCCGACCAGGAGGUGGUGGACCUGUGCCGCGACGCCAGGCACCCGCACGAUGCGGCGCACCGCGUCCUCCGUUUCGCAGAGGAGCUCGGCGCACAGGAUAACGGCACCGUCCUCGUCGUUCCGCUGCGUGGGUGGGGGCGGAUGGGCGGGCAGGAUUCGACAAAGCAGAGGAGAGAGUUUAGGAGGAGCAAGGUCGAUCUGUACAGGGAUAGUCGGACGUGA